UCGUCUGUCUUGAGGUAGUACGUAGACUGUUGGAUUUGUGGAUUGCAUCAGGGCCCUUACUCUGCCGCUUGUCUUCUCAUCAGAUGCAGCUUAUCUCAAACGAACUUGUAGGCUUAAGAAGCUUCAUUCCCAUGGAUUUUGCUCGUAAACCCAGACAGCUUUCAGAGAGGCUCAGGUGGAAAGCCACAGAGUUGCGACAGUUCUUGUUGUACACAGGUCCAGUGGUUCUCCGAAAUGUGUUGUCAGCUUCAGUCUACAACAAUUUCAUGUUGUUAUCGGUUGCCAUUUUCAUCCUUGCUAGUCCUUCAUUGUCAGCAAAUCUUCAUGACUUUGCACACACAUUACUUGUUUCAUUUGUGACACAUUUUGGUGAAUUGUAUGGUCCUGAAUUUGUUACUUACAAUGUUCAUGAGCUAACCCAUCUUUCCGAGGAUGUUAGGAUACACGGCAAUCUGGACCUUAUAUCGGGAUUUCCGUUUGAGGAUUAUUUAGGUCAAAUCAAAAAGAUGGUAAGAACCCCGCAUCAUCCACUAGCCCAGGUUAUUCGGCGGAUCUCAGAAAUGGCCCCUUUUACAGUGAAUGAUGAAGCUUCACAUGGAAAGAGAAAGUUGCAGAAGGAGCAUGACCGUGGCCCAGUUCCACCCUCUAUAGUGGGCCUGCCAGUACUUCAGUUCCAGGAGCUUUUCAUAGGUGGUACCAAAAUUAAUGUAUCAAGUGAAGGAGACAGAUGCGUUAAGAUUGGUGGUUGCAUUGUUUUGGUUGACAACAUCCUUCAGUGUCAGGAUAAGAUACAUAUUGUUUUCAGGGAAUAUGAAGUAAUCGAACCAUUUUUUGAGUAUCCUCUGAAUUCUUGUAAGUUGGGUAUCUUCCUGGUUGGCAACAUUUCAUCAACCCUGAAAAUCACUGAGUUAUUUGACCAUGUUGAGAAAUAUGUGAGGUUACCAAAAAAAGACAAAUUUGUUGCAGUGCCACUACUGCACUUGUGUCAGUGAUUUAAUUUAGCCCUUUCAGCAGGAUAAAGACAGUCCUUUCCCCAUUUGGUUCUCUGUCCAGUAGAGUCAGUUGUUUAUGUAGCACCAAAAAACGCAUAGAUAGGAAUGUUGUAGUCUGCAAUCUCUUCACCAUUCUACUGAGCGGGAUAUAAAAGCCAGUAGCAUCUCCACUAUCUUUUUACCUCUGCUGCAUAAUUACCUUUACAAGCUUGAUUUCUUGAGCCUGGUUGUAAAAUAUAGAGGCUAGCCAAGAAUUUGAUUGGAGACUCCCUGGAAUUGGGGAGGUUGUUUUGCCGUUGACUGGUUGAUGCUAAAGUUAAUAUCGUGUGGACUUCUGGUGCUUGGAUUUUGGAUAGCCUCGGUUUGUGGUUAACAUUGGUUGUUAGCAACCCCUUGGUGGAAGCACGAGGGGGCAGAGGGUUCUCACUGAUGUCUUAGCUAUCGCCGUUCGACGUUGAUUUCUUUGCAUCAAGAUACAUCGUACACGUAGACACCGUAAAACUAUACAAAAGAAUGCACAAAUACAACAAUGUAAAUACACACAGGUUAUAGCACAAAGGAAUUAUGUCUCGAACGUGUGCUGCUAGCAAUUACAUACAUGGCACGUGCGGAGGUAAAAUAUUACAAAGGAAUGAGAAUAAGACAAGUUUGACAAGUUCAACGCAUAUACAUAUUACCUCGCUCCGCUUUCCAAAGGGAAACCAAAUGUAGUAUUAUUCUGUUCACCAAACACGAUUAUUUAGAAACGAAAUGCUGCUUCUUUUCAUAACGUCUGCAUUGAACUUCUUUCCAUUCAAGUCAUUUAGCAUUUUACAGCUGCACGCACCUACGUGAUGACGUAAACAGCCCACAAACAUCAAACAAGCCGGUCAUUACACAAGUGUUACUUUGUUAAGGGGGCUGCAUGUAUGCUGAGAUCUGUAUACUCAAGCACAGCUAUUUUGUUUACUUGAGGUUGUAAAUAGUUUCAGUUUUCACGUUGGUCAGAUGUCCCAGCAAUUUGGGAGGAGAAUGGCCAGUGUGGUUGGCCAAACUUGAGGGGCAUGGCCCUCCACCAGUCCGUCAAGACCCUAAUGGCUCCUAGCCUUGACUGGGACCGGUGGGAGGUCCGCACGAUGUAUAUAACAGGUACAUUUGACAUUUUAAAGCUAGGUUUCAGUUAUUAGGUACAUUGUUACACAACCCUCCAGAAUACAUGACUUCAAUUGCAGCAUGCUGUGGUCCCUAGAUUAUAUUUUUCCACUUGCCAGUAUAACAGACCUGUUGUUUGGCUCAACCCUGUAUUUCUUAUGGUGUUUGUUUAAUUCUUAGCCUGAGUCUAAUAAGGUUAAAUGUAACUGUGUUUUACAGACAGCUAUGAAGAGGGCAGGAGGAAGGCCAAAGAGGCAGAGACAUGGUCUGACCUCCAAUCAGACGCUGAUUGUGGGAGUGGGCCACGAAGGCCACAAAGGCGCAAAACGUAUGGGUAGCAUUACUAUUCCUUGAUGCUUUGAGGUCAUAUUUACAGUUUUUUUUUUACUUUGAUAAAAAAAAAAUUAAUAGGAAGUGUCCGGAUUGGCACCCCUGAAGAGUAUUCAGAAGACGAGCCGGCCCCUAGAAUCACAUGUCAACCUGCCCCCCCGAUUGCCUACCCUGCAGUCCCCACCAUCCCCAAUUUGGCAGCAGCAUCCCAGAACUGCUCUUUUUCAGAGCUCCUGUCAAAUUGGGAGCCUAUCAAUUCAACAUUGGUGCCAGGCCCACCCCAGCAAUCAGCAGAACCAGCCAUACUGAGGGAGGUCCUGACCAAGUUAGAGAUGGUGCUGGACCAACAAAGCCAAAUUCUUCGGCUUCUCCAGCACCGAGAGGUGCAGGUCCAGCCAGGCAACAUUGAGGAAGGUCUACUGCCUCAACUCCUCAGUCUGGAAGAAAAACUCCUGAGUCCUGAGUACAACCAAAGAUUUAUUUAAUCCCGUCAACUGGUUGGGACUGAUUGGGGGGGCGGAUGUGCGCGACUGCACAUGGAGAACCUUGAAAAGGGUAAUCUCCAACUCUCUUGCCAUGAAGAUCAACUGGCGGGGAGUAAAUGGGAAAACAUCCCUUUGCCAGUCUGCAGCUCAGGGCGGUUGUGAUUGCUGCAGUUAGAAGAAAUCCCCUCACAGCCAAUGCUGCUGAGGCGGACAUUGAGGCCACCAUGAAGAGGUGGCUUCAGCUGGCGUCGGAUAUGGAGGGAGGAAGAAAAAGACGCUUGAUGCUAAAGGAGGGUCUUUAAAUGUAUUUAUAUAUAUAUAAAGUUUGUUGUUGUUAUUUUUGGUUCUAUUUUCAAUUGUUUUUUAAUCAGUUUGUUGGUUGGUUUUGCUGGUUCAUGUUCUAUUUUAAAUAGUUUCUUAAUCUGUUUUUUUUCUCAAUCUCUGUUUUGCUGUACAUAUGUUGAAUAAAUUAUUUUUAAUUGUGA